ACAAAUUGUUUUUUUGUCUUUGUUAUAUUCAGUUGCCAUCACUGGAUUAAGUCACAUUGCAGCAAGAGCAAAAAUUUUUCAUUGGAAAUGAAACCAGCAAAUGCAUUUCUUAGAAGAAUGUUGGAAAGGAGCUGAACAGAAAUGAUGAUGCUGUCAAAAUGCAUGGCUUGUUCCAAAAACUCUUGAAACCACGUGUAUCUCUAUCAACACAACAUGAACAAGAAGCUAAAGUGACAAAUGUGUCAACAUCAUCUUCAUUUACAUCCUCAUUUUCUUCUCCACCUUCAUUCUCGUCAUUACCAGAAACAGCUCCUUCUAAACCACCACAGCCACAUUCUGCUCUGAGCUCGCCGCAGAGAUAUAAUCGAAAAUAUGACUUGCUUGUGUGCCACAGUCAUGCUGACACUGAAGUGGCUAAUCGCCUGGUGUCUUUCCUGGAGACUUCACCUCACAGUCUUAGGUGUUUUCUAUGGCAGAGGGAUGUCGGCCCAGGAGGUGCAAUCUUCACAGAGUUCUGCCAGGCUGUGCAGGACAGCCACCUACAAGCUCUGCUUAUCACUCCUAACUUCCUGCAGGAAGAUUUGUGCACGUAUAUGAUGCACCAGACUCUAGCAGAAGGCCCUAUGUCCAAUCGACUGAUCCCCUUGGUCUAUAACUUGUCCCACUCCCAGUACCCCCAGGAACUGAAGUUCUAUGUUUACAUUAACCUGAGCAAUAACACUUGCCGAGGCUAUACUCGCAUCAACCAGACUGUGCUCGAUUACCUUGAAGGCUUGGUUAAAAAAGAGGAGACAAAUGAUCGCAACAUGGACAGCUCUAGCAGCAAAUUAAGUGAGACAGAUGAGCUGCUGCCAAAGACACACCAGGCUGAGACUUCACUUUCUCUGGAAUUGAUGCCGAGGAGAGAUGAAAGGUUGAAUGACAUUUGCUGUGAUCAUCAUCAACAGUAACUGGAGAACAUGAUGAAGGUCAACGGGCU